AUGGCUACAAUGGCGGCUCCUCACCAGCCAAGAUUCAACCUUGAAGAUCCAGGCUUUGAGCCUCGCACUGCUCGUGACGCCCGCGAAGCAGCACGCGCUGCGCGAAAUGGCCAGAGUCCGAGAUACAGACGUACUCAAUCGCCCGAGCAACUCGAUGAUUUUCGUCCUCAGAGUGAAGAGUUCGACAUGCGCUCACCUACCUCUGACGUGGCAUUGCAGGACGCCAUGCUCGCACAAGCACAGCAGCAGCAACAGCGUGUUGUUCCGGUUGGUCAGGUCUCUCGUAAUGCCGGGCAGCGUAGACAACCUCCUGGUCCAGGUCCAAACAACGCUCCCAGAGGUCCUCAGCAACCAAUGCCUCCUACUUAUCCUGGCGGAAUGGACGGAGCUCCUCAGCAGCAGCCCAACGGGCCUAGAGACGGUGGUCGGUACAGACGCCAAUCGCGCCGCGCUUCAGAGUCGGAACCCCGACCUCAUGGAGACUCACCUCCCCGAAAUGGCCCAAACACCCAGCAGAGCCGUGUUUCUCAAUCCACGGCCUCAGACCAGCAUCAGCAGCGUCGCGCACCUUCACCAGACCGUCUAGCAGUUCCCGGCAAUGACAUCAACCGUCUAAACAGCCCCUCCAUUCAAAAGAGUGUUCUUCUACCUCUUGAGCAGAAGAUUCACGAGUAUGAUCAUCUCAUGCACGAAGCUCAAGCUCAAAUGAACCAACUCGACGAUGAAAUUCGCGCUCUUCAAGAACGACGUCGCCAAGCUGAAGACCGCUUCAUCGAAGCUAAAUCCAAGCAUGAUGAGUAUGAGCGUCAGCACCAAGAUGUCGGAAAAGCUCUCCGCGGGGAACUCAUGCAGCAGCCCCCACCACCCGCAGUUCGUCAGCCCGUUCAGCGCAUGGAGAGCAUUGACAGUUUCGAUCACCGACCGGUCAGCGCGCAGAGCUCUUUUCACCAGAAGCCCAAGAAAGGAGGCAUGCUGCGGAUGAGCUUGUUUAACAAGAGCAACUGA